AUGGGCUGGAUGGUCACACUCAGAGUUGUGGUCAAUGGCUCAGUGGUCCAAGUGGAGAGCCAUGACGAGCGGCGUUCUUCAGGAUGUCUGGAGCCCUCAGCAGUAACACUGGUAUAUUGUGAAGGUAUUUUCAAGAGGAAUAAUUCAAGAUUGAUGGAUGAAAUUUUAAAACAGCAGCAAGAACUCUUAGGACUAGAUUGCUCCAAGUAUACCGUGGAAUUUGCAAAUCAAGACAAAGCUGAUCAAGUUUUAAAUUGCCAAUCUACAUUGAAGGUGCUGUCUCCAGAAGAUGGAAAAGCAGACAUAGUAAAAGCUGCUCAGAACUUUUGUCAGUUGGUAGCACAGCAGCAAAGAACAUACACAGACCUGGAUGUGAAUGUGUUAGACAACUUAUUAAGUAGUACAAAUGGAUUUCCUGAUCCUGAUUUAGUCUUGAAGUUUGGUCCUGUGGACAGCACAUUAGGAUUCCUUCCAUGGCACAUCAGACUGACAGAGAUCAUUUCUUUGCCUUCCCACCUGAACAUCAGCUAUGAAGAUUUUUUCUCUGCCCUCCAUCACUAUGCAGCCUGUGAGCAACGCUGGGGAAAGUGACUUCUGGCUGAGCACAUGGAGUCAGGCUUUCUGUGGGAAGGAAUUUAUGUCUGUUUACAAGCACUUGUGACCCAUAACUCUGGUUCAUAGUCCUUUCUUAAUUUAUCAACAAAUUCAAUAAAGUGUCUUACCUUUCUAGAGAGUCUGCGUGAAUGUGUGAGAGUCUAUGGGGAGGGGGAAACUCACAGAUUUCCUUUAUGAAAAAGACAUGUAUUGCAAGCAAAGCUGUUCAAAGCUGAAUUAUGUGCAUUUUCAUGUGGAAGUGACCAAAAGAACAUGCAAGAAUUAAAUCUUGUGAAAUCUCCAGGAUAACAUAAAUUGGAGUUCUGUAUCCAGACAGUCCUUAAAUCCAAGGAAGAGCUCCCAUGUCAGUGUGUUUCUUUUUUAAUUCUUCAUGGCCAGGCAUUUUGGAGCUAAUCACCUGGUUUAUCUUCAGAUAUAUUUUCUAUAUAAUAGGUGAAUUCCAGAGGGGUCAGUUCUGUUAACUGAGAAGAUUCCAUAAAAAGGAAUGGAAUCUUCUGUGGUAAAUGCAUUAGGCAGUCUGUGUAGCACUAUCUAUCCUUUUUUUUUUUAAGGGGUAAAAUGAAAGUAUACCUGCAGCCCUGGGUGAAACUUCUAGCAUCAGGUCAGUUUUUCAUAGGGGAAAACCACAUAAACAGUACUAUGUACUGCUUGUAUACCUGUUUUCCCCAUAAAAUUCACUUAAGCUGACAAUCUGGCUAAGGCUCUGCCACCAUUUGCUAAAAAAUCUGAAAAUGAACUAGGUCCGCUUCACACCUACUGUGACUGACUUGUUGUGCUUGUGUACCCAGCAGGGGAGUCUCCUUAAACCUUUUGUUAGGUUUGCUCUGAACUGUGCAUUAGAAGUUUGAAUUGGGAGUCUGCAGUAGACAAGAAAAAAAAAAGGAAGUGAAGCUGCACUACAGUAUCUCAAAACUGAGAUAACUAAAUAGAUGUAUUAUUUAAAUGGUCUUCAUUAUGGAAUGCCCUAUUCAAGUUAAACUCCUAUUGUUGGAAGCAAUUUGAAAGUCUUUAUAGCAGCAUUUGGACAAAGCAGAGCUGUAUUGCUGGAGACAGACAUAAUGUUGCAGCCUCUGCCCUGCAGGCUGUAGAACUGUUGGACACUUCAUUCUGAAAGUGUUUCCUUCUUCCCUGCCCCCCUUCAAAAUGAGUCUGGCUUUAUCUCCUUCAGGACAGGCAUGGCACUAGAAGGAAACAUUACUGCUUUUAAAAGGGAAUUGCCGGAUUUUAAGUGAAUGUCUGCUGUGUUGUAAUGCUAUAUUUUAACUGUUGUAGCUUGAUGCAGUGUUAUAAAGCAGAUUGCAUAAACUCUGAGCUGCAGUUUUUCAUGAUACUAAGAUUGGAUUGCAGUUACAGGAGAGAACUGUGGUGUACUUUAUUUCGUGAAAGAGAAAGGGAUGUUUAAUGAAUUAACUAAUGGUUUUGACAUCAAAUAACAUUCCAUAUGAGCUGGAAUGCUCAGUAUAGUUGGCUGCCUUUUGCAGACUGGUCUCUGAUGUUUGCCAGUUACGGUAUUACAGAGAUGAACAGUUGUGCAGUGUUUCCUGAGUUCUGUCAUUGCUAUAGGAAAAUUUUCGCACUGAAUGUUAAGAAUGUAACUUCUUUGUGGAGAGCAGAUAGCCUGUUGGAGGGUAUCUUUUGAAGUUUAUCUGUAAUAUGAAUUUUGUUUCAUUAAAAUGUAAGGCUGUGUUUAAGUUACCAUAUAUAAGUGUUACUGUGUCACUGAAGCAGUUCUGGUGCUGGCAGUAAAGAUAUAAAAUGGGAAAAGCUUAGCUUAGUCCUCGAAAGUAAUCUUUUUUAUAUUUGUAUCAAACUGCCAAAGAGUACUUCUAAUACCUGAGCUCCCUCAGUCCUCAGACUUUUGCAUAUCUGAACUAAAAAGACUUGUUUUAUACUGCAGACAGAUCUCAAGGUCUAGGAUUUGUCUGUAGAGGGAUGCUUAAUGAAACUAAAAUGAUUAGUUCAGCUGCAUUUGAUUCAGCUUAAUCAAUUCUGUUCUGAUGGCUACUUUAAUUGUGAAUUAAGUGUUCCUCCUGGAAUUAAUGUAGUUGAAUUAAUCCACAUUAUCACUUAGUUGGGAUUAUUUUACUGUCCCUGUGUGGGCAAUCUUCAGUGAGCUGUGCCAAAUGCACUGUGCGUAUCCACAACUUGAUCUCUGAAUGUAUGUCAUCGCAGUUAGCGCCUCUCCCCAGCUUGUUCUGUGUGAAGGUCUGUGGUAUAGCUGUGACAUGCUCUAUGGCUGUAGUCUCUGGGUACCUGUACAUAAUGUUUAAAACAAGUUUUUAUGAUUAGGGAAUCAAUUUAUUGAACUUUAUUAUUGAAAGUUAAAUCUGAAUCUGUAAAACAAGAAAUCAAUAAAAGAUUAUAAUCUUUCUA